AGGUUCAUCGGCGCAUAUCGUUUUCAACUGUUCAUAGUGGUCACUGCUAGGCAAGUUGUCUGGGAAGUCGGUACCAAACUGUGUGACUAAUCGUGCAAUACCCACUGCGAUUAACGUCUGUGGUAACAUAACCUAAAGAUGCAUACGGGCUUUUCACUCCUUUUUCUUUUACUGUUGUCUACUACGUCCUUAGCUCACGAUUUUGAUGAUUAUUUUGAAACAGUCUUAAACAUCACAAAGGAAGCUGGAGAGAUUAUAAAGCAAAAGAUUUGGGAAGUGAAGAAUGUCAAGACCAAACAUAGUGUUGUGGAUUUUGUGACAGAGACUGAUAAAGAAAUUGAAGAAAAGAUGAAAAGCGAAAUUUCUUCGAAAUUCGCAGAUCACAAGUUUAUAGGAGAAGAGGCCACUGAUAGUGGCCAGAAGAUGGAGUUUACAGACGCCCCAACAUGGAUCAUUGAUCCAAUAGAUGGAACUAUGAACUUCGUCCAUGGUUACCCUUAUGUCUGUAUUUCUGUCGCCCUCUUUGUGAACAAGGAGACGCAGAUUGGAAUUAUCUAUAACCCAGUCCUAGACCAACUCUUCACUGCACGCAAAGGCCAGGGAGCUUUUUACAACAACAAACCCAUGACAGUUUCUGCUAUCAAAGAGUUGUCUGAAGCAGUAGUAUCAACUGAGAUUGGACUGAGUAGAGAAGAAGAAAAGUUACGAGUUGUUACAGAGAAUUUGAAAACUAUCAUCCCUCUAGUUCAAGGAGUCCGAUCAGUAGGAGCAAGCGCAAUGGACAUGGCUCUGGUUGCACUGGGAGGAACUGACGCAUUUUAUGAGUUUGGUCUUCAUGCCUGGGACAUGGCUGCAGGGGACCUCCUGAUCAGGGAGGCUGGUGGAGUUAUCAUGGAUCCUUCAGGUGGCCCGUUUGACCUGAUGAGUCGGAGAGUUCUGUGUGCUGCUACCAACGAGUUGGCAGAUCAGCUUCGAGCCAAGUUACAACAGUAUUAUCCACUCCGAGACUUGUAACUUGAAAUUGUACAGUUACACUCUUUUGAUGUCAUUUGUAUAGAAAGGAACGAAUAUACAAUAUUUAAAUUGUAAUUAUAUUGAUUAAAAUGAUCAUACCAGUA